CGCUCACAGAGCGGAAUCUAUAGACUGUUACACAGACGCGAAACGAGUCUCGCGCUUCCCGGAAGCUGCACCGCAGAAUCAUGGCGACCGUCUCCGUGUGCCAGUAUCAGCCCGGUGGUUUCACUUUCGAAAACUGCAAGAGAAAUGCUCUUCUGGAGGCAAACAUUAGUCAGCUCGGAUUCAGCGUCCCAGCUGCUCGCAAAACCGGCACCACUAUCUGUGGAAUCGUUUACAAGGAUGGUGUUGUUUUAGGUGCCGACACACGGGCGACUGAAGGAAUGAUUGUAGCUGAUAAAAACUGCUCUAAAAUUCACUACAUCUCUAAUAAUAUCUAUUGUUGUGGAGCCGGUACUGCGGCAGACACUGAGAUGACCACACAGAUAAUCUCCUCCAACCUGGAGCUCCAUUCUCUGUCCACCGGCCGUCUCCCGCGAGUUGCCACCGCCAACCGCAUGCUCAAACAGAUGCUCUUCAGAUAUCAAGGUUAUAUUGGUGCUGCUUUAGUUCUUGGAGGGGUGGACUGCACCGGCCCGCAUUUAUACAGCAUCUACCCCCACGGUUCAACAGACAAACUGCCCUACGUCACUAUGGGUUCUGGCUCUCUGGCAGCAAUGGCAGUCUUUGAGGAUCGCUACAGGCCAAACAUGGAGGAGGAAGAAGCCAAGCGUCUGGUUCGAGAUGCGAUCGCAGCUGGUAUCUUCAAUGAUCUUGGCUCUGGCAGCAACAUUGAUCUGUGUGUUAUCACUAAGGGGAAGGUGGACUACCUGAGACCACAUGACUUAGCCAAUAAGAAAGGUGUCAGAGAGGAUUGGAUUGAUGGGCGCCCUGUAACCGGAAGCUACAGCUACAAGUGUGGAACCACCGGGGUUCUGACGAAGGUUGUGACCCCUCUGAACCUGGAGGUGGUAGAGGAAACUGUGCAGACCAUGGACACUUCAUGAGAAGAUACAACCGACCAUGCUUUGAUGUAUUGUUUUUCCCAAUAACCAUUUUCUUAUGUGGUGUAGUUGUUUUACAGUAUUUCCAAUAAAAAAGUUGUAUGGAA